UCCCCUUGUCCUGCUGUUAUCUACCCUUUCAAAGUCAACUCCCUUCCUGUUUAUAGGCUCCCCUCAGGUACUGAAAGGCUGCAGCCAGAUCACCCUGCAGCCUUUACUCCAGCCUGAACAAGCCCAGCUCCCUCAGCCUGUCCUCAUAGGGGGAGGUACUGCAGCCCUCUAAUCAUCUUUGUGGCCCUCCUCUGGACCCUCUCUAACAUAUCUCAGCCUUCCUUGUACUGGGGGCUCCAGUCCUGCACACAGGGAGGGGUAAAAAUAGAGGAAGAGAACGCUCCGCCUCACACGGAUGUUACGCAUUGCUCUGCUGGGGAGUGCCUUCAUCCUUGCUUGCAGCAGAGGCGUUCCCACAGCUCCUGGCACCAAGCCUGCUGCUCUCAGCUCACACCAGCGAUUCCUCUACAUGAUUUCCAAGAAGGCGUUGGGAUCUUUUGUCUGCCUGUCUGCUGUUGCCACAUUGAUCUGGCUUGCAGUUGGGAAUUGGAAAGUUCACUACAUCCCGUAUUACCUUCCUUGCCCAGGAAUCUUCUCCAAGAAACUCCUGUAUUUGGAGGAGAAACCACCCCAGCUUUUCCCAGAAUUAUUUUAUCAGCAACCAAGAGUGUUGGCUCCAAAGCGUCAGGAUGUGCUGACAGUCACACCAUGGUUGGCUCCCAUCGUUUGGGAGGGGACCUUCAGCCCUGAGAUCCUGGACAGUGCCUACAAGCCGCUGAAUCUCACCAUAGGGGUGACAGCUUUUGCCAUUGGAAAGUACACGAGGUUUGUGCGCCGCUUCCUGGAGUCAGCAGAGAUGCACUUCAUGAAAGGCUAUCGAGUGAACUACUACAUCUUCACUGACAACCCCGAGGUGAUUCCCAAUGUCCAUCUGCAACCUGGCCGAAGGUUUGAUGUUGUGCACAUCAAGAAAUACUCCAGCUGGCAAGAGAUCUCCAUGCGCAGGAUGGAGGCUAUAAACCUACACAUAGCAGAGAAGAGCCAUCAGGAGGUGGACUACCUUUUCUGCCUGGAUAUUGACAUGGUGUUCCAUAAUGCCUGGGGGGCUGAGACCCUCGGUGACAUCGUAGCAGCCAUGCACCCUGGUUAUUUCAAUGUCCCUCGAAGCAAGUUCCCAUAUGAGAGGAGGAGUUUUUCAGCAGCCUACAUCCCUGAUGGAGAAGGGGACUUCUACUAUGGUGGAGCUGUGUUUGGAGGGUUGGUCAAGAAGGUCUAUGAGUUCACCAAGAAUUGCCAUAUGACCAUCCUGGCAGACAAAGCCAAUGGGAUCGUGGCAGCCUGGCAGGAAGAAAGCCAUCUCAACAGACACUUUCUCUCCCAUAAACCCUCUAAGGUGCUCUCUCCAGAAUAUAUAUGGGAUGACAGGAAGCCAAAGCCCCCUGAAAUUUUCCUCAUACGCUUUUCCACAGUAGAUAAGAACUACCAGGAGAUAAGAAAUUGACAUGAUCCAACCUGCUGAAUGUUAGCUCCCAGAGAUGUCCCACUAUGGGUAGUUUCUCUGGAGAGUGAGAGCCUUAAAGCAUUUCAGAAGCAGCAGCCAAAGUGGAGGGUGAGAAUGGAAAGGUUUCUAUGUUCCUAAUCAUUGUAAAUACAAGCAUUGCGCUGGGGGCUGCAGCACACCAGAAUGUAUACAGAGGGUCUGCUGCCAAGUAGAAGGCUGUAUUCAUAGCAAGGCUGCAAAUGCUGCUGUUUGCAUGUUUUCCUGAAGCUUUGCAAAAAUGCAGGAGGGUCAAAACAGGCUUUGGCAUCCCCGUGGAAAAAGAGAAGAUGCAGAUAAAGACCUUCCCACUUAAAAAAUACUCCAAUCACCCUGCUUUUAAAAAUGCUUUUCACAUGCUAUAGUUCAAACACUUUGUAAGGAUCCGCAAACCUCUCCUCAGCAAUGAGAUGCAGGAAUCCCUGACAGUCCAGCAGUGCCACUUCACAUAGCACUUACCUUCCACUUCCAAGCUGUGUUUUGGGCACCCAAAUUCAGGCUGUCCUGGCACGGUUCAGACCCAGAGAGCACUGUGGGUUUGCUUGAAUCACAGAUGUGUUCUACACCUCCUUGCCAGCUCACACAUCUCUGGAGCUCAUGUAAUCUUUUCCAUGCUGUAAGAGGUCCACAUGCUUCUCUGCUUCAGUCCUCUCCAAAUUUUCUGAGCGCUAUAAAAUAAAUUGGCCAGAAGCUGUUGGAGCUGACAGUGAGAGCUGGAGUGUUUCCUGGAGACAGGUGGCUUCACUCCAUAAUGAGAUGCUGUCUUCAUACUGUAUGUUCAGCUGGGAGCUGGGGUUAACCUUUUCUUUGCAUGAGCGUGAUGAGAAGCUGACCCAGGAGCACCUUCCAAGCCUGUGGAGCAAACAGGUGGGGAGGGUGUCCAAACACAUGGGAACAGCUGUGCCUUGCCAGCAGCAGCUGCAAAAUGGAUCAUCAGCUGAGGUUACAGCAUGGAGGUCUGUGUGUUGCCUCCCUGUACGGUACAUUGGCUGUGAGCAUCUUCCCUGUGAGCUCCUAAGGAGUGCUGCAAGUCCGUACCAGGAAGAUCUUUAUCCCAGUAUUUCCAAGGACAGGCCAAAACCAGCAUUAUUACUGACCAUCUUCUAGUUCUAAAACAAUAGUGUCCAAAGCCCAAGCUCGACUUUAGGGUCUCAUUAUGUUGGUGGCUAUGUGUGGGCAUAUGGAGCCCUUUGCAAGCCAGAAGGAGCUGUCUGGUUUGAUCUCCUGCAUGGGGUUAUUCAGAUAAUUUUAUCUCCUGCUGUGAGCAUCAAUGUUAUAAUAUAUAGCUGAGCUGUGCUGCAUCUCUUAGAAGAAAAUUCAGGCCCAACUUAAACAUCAAAUGAUACAGAAGCCACAAAGCCACAGUCAGCUCCUCCUGUGCCUUAAUUGUGCUCCAAGUCAGGCUCUGUUUUUGGCCACUGGGCUUUCUUCUGCCCUGCUUGAUUAUUCAAAUUCCUCUGCAGAUCUUCAUGUCACAGCUCUGCUCACCAGGGCUGUGAUUGGAAGCAAUACCCAGAUAGCACCCAUGUCUCUGAGGAGCCAGGAGAGUGUGGCUGCAGGAGGAUGCUGUGCCCUCUAUUGCAGCAUGGGAGAUGCUCUCUCAAUCAGCACGUGUCUCUAAUUAAUGAGAGCCUGGACUUCUGCCAUCCUCUCCUGCUGAUUAAUCCCCUUCCCUAGCACCAGCAGCGUGCUUUGCUUCUCGCCUUUGCAUUGUGCAGCCUGAGACCUGGGGGCUGGUGGAGCUCUGCAGGGACUGCUUUCUGCUCUUAUAGUAGCAAAGCAUGGCUUGGUGCUGCUGCAAUGGGGUAAUGCUGUGUCUCAUGUCCUUAUGCCAUGGGACUUGAGGCUUGGAAACACACUUGCUGUACUGCAUGGAAAGUGAAUCAGCACAUGCAAAUAAAUCAUCACCCAAAUUUA